CUCAGUCAGUCAGUCAGUGUCCAACAUGGCAACCAGGUGGGGAAUCUGUAGCGCGGGGAAGAUCAGUCAUGACUUCACUGUGGCCCUCAAAUCUCUUCCUCCCGAAGACCAUCAGGUUGUGGCUGUGGCAGCUCGCAAGUUAGAAGAUGCACAGGAGUUUGCCAAGAAGCACAGCAUCUCUCGAGCAUAUGGCGCCUAUGAGGAGCUGGCCAGGGAUCCAGACAUAGAUGUGGUGUAUAUUGGCGUUAUUCACCCCUACCAUCUGAGAACUUGUCUGCUCUUUACGAAUGCCAAGAAGAACGUGCUAUGUGAGAAGCCACUGGCCAUGAACACCAGGGAGGUGCAGGAGAUCCUGGCUUCUGCCAAGAUGAAUGAUGUCUUCCUCAUGGAGGCUGUCUGGACCCGAUUCUUCCCGGCCUCAGUGGAGAUCAGACGGCUCCUGGCCCAGGGGGAGGUGGGCGAGGUGAAGAUGGUGAGAUCGGAGUUUGGCGUGCCGCUGAUGAAUGUGCCGAGGUCCGUGGAGAAGGAGCUGGGUGGAGGGGCAGUGCUAGAUUUAGGCAUCUACUGCCUGCAGUUUAUUUGCAUGGUGUAUAAUGGAGAGAAGCCAGAGUGCAUCCAGGCCACGGGAAUCUGUAAGGAAACAGGAGUGGAUGAGACUGUGGUUGUCACUCUGAAGUUCUCCAAGAACAGGAUGGCAGUGUUUACUUGCUCUUCGGGUAUUCAGCUGCCCAAUGACGCCAUUAUUAUGGGCACAAAGGGCACCAUCAGGGUUCCUGACCACAUGUGGUGCCCGACAUCAUUGGUGGUGAAUGGGAAGGAGACUCAGUACCCACUGCCAGACCCCUAUUUGCCUCUCAACUUCCUCAACAGCACAGGGAUGCGUUACGAAGCAGAGGAGGUUCGGCAGUGUUUGCUCAAAGGGCUAAAGGAGAGUGCAGUUGUGUCCCAUGCCCAUUCUCUUCUGUUGGCUGAGGUGGAGGAUGAGAUUCGCAGACAGGUGGGGGUGGUGUACAGCCAGGACUGCCAUUAAAUGUUGGAACAUACUACAUCAUUUUCCCUGUUGUAUGGGACAGGUUUUUGAUGAAGAAUAAAUUCUUUAUGUUCAAA